CCACCGCAGGUUUGUGUUAUUUGGCGGAAGCGGCGUGCUUCUGCUCGGCGCCGACCGCCCCGCCCCGCAGGCCGGCGCAGUGCGACCCGACGACUCUGCCGCGCCGCCUGUGUGGGUGCCCCCGUCGUGACGAGGAGCUUUUGGUCCUCGUCCCCGUGACCUUGCUCUUCUGCGUCGCGGCCCGCCGCCCAGCCCGCCGGCGCGAUGCCCGAACUCCCGGAAGGCGGCGCGGAGGAGGGGGAGGGCGACUUCUGCCUGCCGCCGCCGGAGUGCCCCCUGGGCGAUCAGGAUGCCGGCGCGGGCACGCCCCAGCCGUCGUCACGGGUCCAGCGGAUCAAGACUGCGGAGCAGGCCGCCCUGGAGUGGCGAGCCCAGUACGUGCAGGUGGAGUACCCGCCCAACGUGGCCGAGCUCUCGGGCGACUUCAAGGUGUUCUCCCAGGAGGGCUACAGCACCCCGGGCGACUCGGGCAGCGCCCAGGAUGUCCGGCCGCCCUGGUUCGACGAGCAGCUCUUCCUGGAGGGCCAGCGCGUCGCGAGGGACAACCACGCCGGGAUGGCGACGGCGGAGGCGCAGGCGCUGUUCCUCCUGUUCGCCUUCCCGGCUGGGCUGGACCCGCUCGUCUCGACGACCAGGUCUGACACCCCCGAGACGGCGGGGCGACGCUACCUGUCCACCAAUAUGCGUCUCUUGUCUUGGAUAACCUCCGACCCGUUCGACCCGGAGUCCGAGUGCUACCGCAACCUGGUGGCCGUCCGCAGGAUGCACGCCAACGUCCGGAAGGCCUGCAACGAUGGCAAGCCAGAGGAGCUGGCAGUUAGGUUCACCAUCGGCCGCGACCAGCCCCGCGAGCUCCUCUGCCCGCAGGCCGCGCUCUUCGAGUCCGUCUUCUCCUCCGUGCCCGGCGGGUCCUACGCCGGGCCGUGCCCCGCCAUGUCCGCCUUCGAGGGCCGCGACCCCGGCCGCCUGGGCGCCGUCAAGCUGAGCGUGGACCGCUACCGAAGGCCGUUUCUCUCGCAGGGCGAGAUGGCCAUCACGCAGUGGGGCUUCUUCGGGCUGUUCAUCCUGAAGCCGCAGGUGUUUGCGGCACCCUACGUGACCCGCCGCGAGCUGGAGGCUGUGGUGCACCUCUGGGCCGUGCUGGGGUACUGCCUCGGCAUCGACGACACGUUCAACUGGGCGCUGGGCGGUCUGGACCUGGUCUUGAAACGCAGCGAGCUGUACCUGCGCACACUAGCCGUGCCCAACCUGAGGACGCUGGGCGCCGAGGGCACGGCCCGCUGGGAGCACAUGACGCGCUGCAUGGUGGAGGGCAUGCGCCAGUACAUGCCCAUCUCGGCGCUCGAGGUGAGCCUGGCCUACCUGACGGAGGACGUGCUGGAGCUGGGCACCGUGCUGCCCAAGGCGCUCACCUGGCGCCAGACCUUCCAGCUGUGGCGCCUGCGCCUGUUCCUGCAGUACCUGCCGCGCUGGGUGCCGUCCUGGGCGAGCGUCAUGAGCCGCGGCCUGGGCCGCAUGUUCAGGAAGGCGGCCAGGGUGGCCGGCAUCAAGAGCGAUCUGGUGGAGUGAAGGACAAAUGCGGGACGGGGGAGGAGGAACGAGUAUGUGCAGUAUUUCUAAUGCGAUCUUAUUCUCAGGGUUUUCCUGGGUUAUUGUGAAAAAAAAACGGGUAAAGUUUGACAUAUUGCCCAUGUCCAUCAAGGCCAUCAAGUUAGCACAAAAAAGUUCUUCUAUAUUUUUUUCGAUGAUGCGAAGAAUUUCUGUAUUUUGCUAAUUCGUUGUGAUAUGUAAUGAAGGCUGUGAUAAAUGAGUGCGAGGUGCUAUGUAUAGUUCUGGCUUAGUCAGUCAUUAGGCUAAGGCAUUUUGUUUUGUUUAUAAUAUUGAAUAGCAAUAGGAACGCUUACGAGCAAUAAACCUUAUGUGAUCUGUAAAA